CGCGGAAACGACAAGUGGUUGUGUACAUCGCACUAAUCCUAUCCGAAAAAGUGCCAUCAAACCGGUUACUGACCUGUCUGCCCUCUCGUCUGCUGAUACGAUCGUGUUUAUGAUUAGAUGGUUUCUGUUUUGUUUUCGGGGGGGGGGGGGGGGGGCUCUAUUCUGUUUGCCAAUCGAAAACAAUCUUCUCGUCCGCUUCAUUUUAGCACACCUGUCAAACGUUGUUCUAGUCGUUUCUCACGAUCGCACCCAAGACGAUCGUCUUCUUUGUACAUGGACAGCACCUUUGUUUUUCUUUUGCGCUCGGGGGUGCCACGAAGAGACCAAAAUCCGGCCGUACUGGGGUGCUGAGGUGUGCUGAGGUUAUCGCGACUCAGAAACGAUCGUUCUCUCGAAGCUACCACAGAACGGUCGUCCGUCCGACGGUCAAUGCUUCUAUUUACUGAUCAGCUCCUCCUUCCUCCUCAUGUUCUCUUCCCAUUUUGCACCAUUACCAAAAAUACAAAUAAAUACAGUCACAACCGUCGGGCAUAGAGCUCCAGUGAGCAGCGAAGCGUUAAGGGUCAUUUCUUGCACAGCCAGCACACGAUCGCCCGGUCAGUCUUGCUGUUGAUCGCAGCGCGAAAGGUUCUCCGGGAAAGCAAAACAACCAACUCCGCACAAUCAGUAUGAGUGCAUUAUCGACGGUACUGCUGCUAGCGGGACUAGUGGCCUGUGUUGCCGGGCUGCUGACGGACGAGGCCUGCCCACAGGAUGUGACGGCGAUGAGUGGCUUUUCGCUGAACGAUUACGCCGGCCGCUGGUACGAGAUCAAGCGGUACGAGCAGUUCUACGAGAAGGAUCUGGACUGCGUGGUGGCCGAGUAUCAGAAGACGGGCGACAACAGCAUCUCGGUGAAGAAUGGUGCCUUCAGCCUGGCGAACAAUACGCGCGUGGUGGCGGACGGUACGGCCGUGGUAUCCUACCCGGACGACGCGACCCAUCCGGCCAAGCUGAGCGUCGCGUUCUUCGGAGCAAAGGCCGAUCGUAGCAACUACUGGGUGCUAGACACCGACUACACCUCGUUCGCCGUCGUCUGGUCCUGUGAGCCGUUCUUCCGCGAUCCCUCCAAGAAUGUCCUCGGUUUCUGGAUCUUCUCGCGCAACCAAACCUUCCCGACCGACGAAGCCGUGGUGAAGCGCGUGGACGAGCUGGUGAAGAAGUACGCCGACGCGUCCAAGUUCGAAGUGCCGAACCAAUCGGACGAACGAUGCCCUCGAUCGUACUAGAAGCUCUCACAAGGUGUGUAAGUGGAGUGAUUUUCUCAUAAAAGACAAUAAAGUGACUGUAAGGCGGUAAAACUCA